GACAAUUACAACAAGCUUUCCUACUGUUCUUUUACGAACAAACCACCGAGUAGCUACGAUUUUCCACCUAGUCUGCGACUUACAGCAGGCGACUGGUGCAUUCAAAUGACCAUCCUCCCUCUUCUCAUAAACGCAGCUGCCUGGGCAUGGGCAAGCGCCGCCAAACGCCUCCCGCCACCCCCGCCCGGCGUCUGCUGAGCUUGGUAUUGUCUUCGCUUUCUGCCCGGGGUUUGCUGCAAGAGCCGCCGCCGCCAAGUGGGAAGGGUGGGGCUAAGGCACAUGAUUUUCCUCUCCGUGGGGAAGUAAGUACUGUACAGUAUUUCUGGCUGAGCUUGCCGUUUUCUCCUUCCCUUUCACCUGGAGCGAAGCGGAGAAGCGCGAGGCGUUCGGUCGGGGCACUGCCAAGGCAGCUAUUUAAGAGUCCAGUUCGCACUGUCCCCCUUCGGCGGCUGCACUACCUGAGUAGUACGUCCUCCGGAGCAUCCGAAAAAGCUUCUUACUGUCAAGGAUUCUGCAGACUCCUGAUGCUGCUCAUCCUGGCAAUCUCUUUGGCGCUCACAUACAGUGUUGUGUAUGGGAGCAUUUCCUGCUAUGACGACUCUGGGAAGCCUGUGGACUGGUUUAUUGUUUACAAGCUGCCCAAGUCCCACCACAGCUCCCCAGUAAAAGGCAUGCGGUACAUGUAUCAAGAUGGACGUACCCAGGGCUGGGUGCAAGGCAGGAGCUUGAUGAACAGUACUGAGGGAGCUGUGGGCAGAACACUGAAUCAGCUGUACCUGGAGGCAGCAAACAGGCAGAGGGAGAAAGAGAUGGCCUAUGUCCUGUACAACGAUGAACCUCCAAAGGAGAAUUUUUCUGGUUCUAAGGGUCAUACAAAAGGGGUCAUCCUCCUGGACAGAACUCAAGGAUUCUGGCUUGUUCAUAGCACACCUCGGUUUCCUCCCAGACUGGAUGAGAAGGAGUAUGCAUGGCCCCACACUGCCCUGACUUACGGACAGAGCUUUCUGUGUGUCACCUACCCCUAUAGCCAGUUCAAAGCCAUAGGGAAUCAGCUGCUCUUCACGGAGCCCCAUGUCUAUGAUUAUCAGGUGCAAGGGGUCUUUGCCCAGGAUCUGCCUGCCUUAUUGAAUGCUUCUGAGGGAAAACAUGUUCGGGAGGAGCCAUGGAACUCCCAGGUGACACUGACAUCAAAAGGGGGCAAGGAAUUUGUCAGCUUCGCAAAAUUCAGUUUCUUUGAUGAUGAUCUGUACUCUGGCUGGUUGGCCCAGGCUCUUGCUACUGAUCUCUAUGUUGAGUUCUGGCUCAAGUCUCACGGGGUUUUGGCAUCCAACUGCUCUGGACAGUACAGAGUCUACAAUGUGGAGAAACUUGCAUUCCAGGACCCAGCUACCACCUUCUUUUCCACGUCUGACCAUUCCAAGUGGUGUGUUGGAACAGAAAGUGAUUCGGGGUGGGUGGGCAGAGGAGAAACAAAACAAUGUUUUACUGAAGAAAAGAUUCGGAUUCCUGCCUUUUUCACUUGUCAUCAGAGUGAGAUGAUGCCCCUAGCUGUAUGCAUCUUUCAGCAAUUAUUGAAAAAGGAGAAAAAGGAGCAAUUCUUAAAGCUGAAAGGGAUAGUAUCCUCAACAAUUUUUUUAAAAUUAGGAACAUGGAGAGAGAUAGUUAGUAUAUCAGUAUGGAUUCUGUAG